UGGGCAACUAUUGAAAUUUUUUUGACAUGUGCUUGAUUUUCAUAUUCCUUGGAAUGUGUUACUUUGCUGAAACCAUUUUCAAAGCCUAGGUCGACUGAUCCCCUGUAAAAUACACUUGAAGGUUAAGUAACUACAGAUCUCAGCUAAUCCCAUCUAAUCUGCUGUUACUAAAUGGCUGUUUGCAUUCCUGGCACACCAGUUUCUGAAGUUUAGGAUUUGGUUUUUACUUUCUGUUCAAAUAACCUCUACAAGGAGCGAUGCGUCUUUCAGCAUGCCUGUGCAUUGUGCUCAUUAGCUUUUUGGAGGGAGUGAGCUGUUCAUGUCCUUCACAGUGCACCUGCGAUUAUCAUGGCAGAAAUGACGGCACAGGAUCAAGGUCGGUGCUAUGUAAUGACCUGGAUAUGAACGAGGUCCCUAUGAACUUCCCUGUGGAAACUGUGAAGCUACGUAUUGAGAAGACUGUCAUCCGCAGAAUCCCCGCAGAGGCCUUCUACUACCUGGUGGAGCUCCAGUACCUCUGGGUGACUUACAAUUCCGUGGCCAGCCUUGAUGCCAGCAGCUUUUACAACCUAAAGCAGCUGCAUGAGUUGCGCUUGGAUGGAAAUUCUCUGGCCGCUUUCCCUUGGGCAUCUCUGCUGGACAUGCCCCAGCUGAGGACCCUGGAUUUGCACAACAACAAAAUAACCAGUGUGCCUAACGAGGUGGUCAGGUACCUGAAGAACCUUGUCUACUUGGAUUUAUCAAGCAACAGGCUAACCACACUACCACCAGAUUUCCUGGAGAGCUGGUCCCACUUACUUACAACAUCAUCAAGAAGCCUGGACCUUUCACCACAAAGAAUUAUUCUUGGUCUGCAGGACAACCCUUGGUUCUGUGACUGUCACAUUUCUAAAAUGAUCGAGUUGUCAAAAGUUGCUGACCCUGCUGUAGUGCUUCUUGAUCCACUGAUGAUAUGUAGUGAACCUGAGCGCCUGACAGGGAUUCUAUUUCAGCGGGCUGAGUUGGAACAGUGUUUGAAGCCAUCAGUGAUGACGUCGGCCACCCAGAUCACAUCUGCUCUGGGCAGUAAUGUUCUGCUGCGGUGUGAUGCUACUGGCCAGCCUACUCCACAGCUCACGUGGACCAGAUCUGACAGCUCACCAGUUAAUUAUACAGUAAUUCAGGAAUCUCCAGGAGAAGGAGUCAGAUGGUCCAUAAUAAGUUUGACAGGCAUUUCUUACAAGGAUGCUGGGGAUUACAAAUGUAAGGCCAAAAAUUUGGCUGGGAUGUCAGAAGCUGUGGUUACUGUGACAGUGGUUGGUGUUGUCACAACCACGGUAUUAUCAGACACCUCUGAAAGAACUGGAGAUCACCUUGAGCAAAGAGCCCAGCCAGGAUCUAGAUCUACAUCCAUACCUGGUUCACUGUCAUCUCCUUGGUCCUCUAACUCAUCUUCUUCCCCUGCUUCUUCCAUUUUUCUUUCUACUUCUACUUCCUCUCCUCCCUCCACUGCUUUCUUCUCCUUAUCUCCUUUCCUCUCCUCCAUUGCAUCUUCAAUCACAACUCUAAGCACCAGAAUUUCAACAAAGCCCACCAUGGCCAGCCAGCAGUCAUUCCAGCUCCGCCCAGAUGGGAAAAGAAAUGUAAAGGCGGAGAUAGGUGGAAGUAAGCUUCCUUCAGCUAGUGCAAGUAAAAAUGAAGAGUUGGCGUCAUUGGAUCAAGCAAUGCCAAUGGAGACAAAUACCACAAUAGAAAAUCUCAGAGUAGUCAGUGAGACUGAAGAGAGCGUGACAUUGAUGUGGAACACUGUCAACACUACACGUAAGUCCGAGGUGACUGUGUUGUAUUCCAAGUAUGGCGAGAAGGACCUGCUGCUGCUGAAUGCAGACUCCAGCAAGGACCAAGUAACCAUAGAUGGUUUGGAGCCUGGCAGGCAGUACAUAGCAUGCGUCUGUCCAAAGGGAGUGCCUCCCCAGAAGGACCAAUGUAUCACUUUUUCUGUUGACAGAGUCGAAGAAGAAGGUGAUUCUCAAGUGUCUUUCCUUAUCGUGGUGAGCGGUACUGCCUGUGUUGUUGUCUUGCCAUUGAUAUUUUUCCUGUUGUACAAAGUUUGUAAACUGCAAUGUGGGUCAGAAUCCUUCUGGGAAGAUGAUUUGGCAAAAGAAACUUAUAUUCAAUUUGAGACCCUGUCCCCCAGGUCUCAAAGUAUAGGGGAACUUUGGACACGAAGACACAGAGAUGAUUCUGAAAAAUUGCUGCUUUGUUCUAGGUCAAGUGUGGAAUCUCAGGUGACCUUUAAAAGUGAAGGUUUGAGACCAGAGUAUUAUUGCUAAGGUUUUACAACUCAGCACAUGUGAAGUCCAUAAAAUUUCUUCCACACAAUUAAGGAUCUGAGGAUGUGGUUGACCCUCUGUUUGGAUGACUUUUGGACAGAUUUUCACAUCCUCUAUGAAAAUCACAAAUGGAGUGCUUUUAAUUGUGCUUAAAAAAAAUACCAUGCGAAGGGCACUUGGCUGGCUGUCAAUAGGGCAUGUAACUCCUGAUCUCGGGGUUGUAAGUUUGAGCCCCAUGUUGGGUGUAGAGAUUACGUAAAAACUACCAUGUGACUUCCGAACUAAAAAGACAAAUAGUCUGGGUUUUUGUUAUGUGGAAGAUGUCCAUAGAAAUAAUGUUUAGGGUACUGCUUAAUAAGUUAAUAGUAUGUUUUAGGAUAGUGCUUAGUUCUUAAAAAUAAAUUCAUGUGAGAAUAGUUGUCAAAAAGUAAAGUCUGAAUUUUAAAAAGAUAGUUUUCCAAGAAGUAAAGAUUAGCAUAACCAGGUAAGCCUUGAUGUUCAUUCAUGCUUGAAGUGCUUUAUGGCAUUUGCUGUGGCUAUUUACUGCCAUUGCCUACUAGGCGAGAGUGGGAAAGUAUAGAAUUUUGCAUUCAUUAAGGUUAAAUGCAACCCAUUGGAGAGGGAGGGCGCUAGCUCUUGGUACCAUUAUGCAUUACAAUACUGUACGGUUGUAUUAAUAUUGCAAGAAAAAACUUCCCUUAUCGUUAGAAACAUAGGUAUUAGGAAAAAUAAAUUUAAAAGGAGGAUUGUGAACAUAGUAAGUCCAUUUCUAAAAAUAGUAACCAUUGCAUUCUAAUGCAUUUGCUAACAGACUGUAUGAAUCUUUUUAAAAACAUAAGUGCUCAUUUUGAAACAAUCUCCUUAAUAUUUUGAUAUUCACUCUUCUCUUCCCCUCCCUCUUCUCUUUCUCUCCCUCUCCCUUUCUUCCUUCAUUUCUUUUUUUUCCCGUUCUGCUUUGUCAGAAGAUAUUCAGGUAGUCAAAGGACCACAGCUAAGUUGUUUGUCCUUUGCCAGGUUAUAUUUUGUUUUGUUUUGUUUUUUAAAUAUAAUUUACUGUCAAGUUAGCUAACACACAGUGUAUACAGUGUGCUCUUGGUUUUCGGGGUAGAUUCCCAUGAUUCAUCGCUUACAUACAACACCCAGUGCUCAUCCCAGCAAGUGCCCUCCUCAAUGCCCAUCACCCAUUGCCAUGUUAUAUUUUGAUUUCCUGGAUAAAGGGAAGAACUCUGAAAAUUCUUUUUAGAUCUGAAAAGGAUGUUUUAGGAUCUUGAAGAGCAGCUUCAAUGGAUUAAUUUGGUCAGAUUUUCUAGGUCAAAAACAUCACGGAAAUUGAAUUAGAGGGGGGCAUAUAAAUAGAUAGGAAAGGGGCGUCACACAUAACAUUUAUGUUUUUUUUUUUUUAAAGAAGUUUAUCACCACCUUUACUAAAGAUUAUAUUUCCUUUACAUCAGAGAUUUUGGAGUACAGAACAGAUUUAUAAAGGUGUGUCAGGAGUUCUGAAAUACCCUGAGAAGCAAGUUCUAAGAAAAUCCUGUAUUUUUCAUAAGGAAUAGACAGGCUUUAAUGUAACACAUUGUGAAAAUUAUAAUACAGGCAGCUGGAUAAUGAAAAAUCAUUCAUUCCAAAUGGCUCUUAAUUAAAAAGGAAAAAUAUUUCUAGUUUAGGAAUAUUCUGCAUAUUAUGAGGAGACCAGCAUGGAUGGAUGGCCUGUCCAGAGCUCCCAAGUGUCCCCUUCUUGUAUAAUUUCCUUUCUUUUCCUUCUCUUUCCUUUCCAGCCCAUUCUUCUUUGGUGCUUUCAUCACUGAGUGCAUUGUCUACUCAUCUAAUGAUUUAAAAUUUAGUAUGAAUUGUUAAGAUUUGUUAGAAAGAUACCUUUUACAGGCAAUUUUGUGUUUCACUUCAAGUUGUUGGCUCAACUUAUUUUGAAUUAAUAGAUUGCAAAAACUUGCAUUUCUUUACUCUAAAGACCUCAUGGAGUUCACUGCCAUAUUUAAAGGGUUCAUAUAAACAGACUGCCAAAAUACCACUACAUUAGAAAUGAUGACUACAGGAGAAUGUUACAGAUUACUGAGCCAAAUGGCACCCAGACUUUACAAAGGUAUGUUAUUUGUCAAGAAAGGAAACUUGGGACACCCUGAUGAAGUAAAUUACUGACUUCCCUCAUAGUCAAAAUCAAGUGAUGAGGUGCCUGAGUGGCUUAGUUGGUUAGAUGUCCAGCUUAGGCUCAGGUCAUGAUCUCAUGGUUUGUCAGUUUGAGCCCGUGUUGGGCUCUCUGUUGUCAGCGUGGAGCCUGCUUCAGAUCCUGUGCCUCCCUCUUUCUCUGUCUCUCUCCUAUUUGUACUCUCUCAAAAAUAAAUAUUAAAAAAAAAAACAAGUGAGGCUUACACUUAUUUUGACUAAUGAGGAAAAGAUAUUUGCUGGUGUGGAGAAGAGAAAGCACCUCUGUCAUCUUCAACUUGGACUUGGUACAUGAAGUAAGUCCUAAGUAAUCUGUUGCUAAUAGUGAAAGGACUAAAAUUGUAAAUAAUCUACUUUCUAAAAAUACAUACAUUUGAGUGUAAAGUUAUCCUGAUAAUAUCACUGCUCUUAUGUGAUAUUACAAGUAUGCUUUCUUCCUUCCUUCUUUUUCUUUUUUUUUUUUUCUUUUUUUUGAGAGAGAG